UUCCUCCGUUCGCUUUCUUUGCAGAAAAGAAGCAACGGAAGGGUGUGCCCUAUUCAUCCUUGGGAAAAAACAGCGUUGUCGUGCGGUAAUCAGAAGCAGAGGAGAGAAAAAAAAAAUGACUGCGGCGAAAACCCAGGCUGAGCUGGUGAGAAAAUGGAUGGUGUUGGCCGAAACCACCACUGAGGGACUCCGAAAAGAGGAAGGCUUGGAGCCUAUCUCAGAGGGUACCGAUAAUGGUUUGGUCCCGACAGCCAAGGCACCAGGGUGGAGGGAGCUCCAUCAGGCAGCCAGGAAUGGGGACCUGCGGCUGGUAAAACAGCUGCUGAAGCGAGGGGCAUCUACGAACAGCAGAGACGAAAACGGCUGGACUCUCCUGCACGUCGCGUCCUUGCACAGCUACCUCCCCUUGGUGAAGUUUCUCAUCCAGCACGGAGCAACGGUCCACACCAACAACAGGGCCGGUUACACACCUCUCCAUCACGCUGCCUGGAGCGGGCAUACCCAAGUCGCCGAGCUCCUCUUGGCUCGGGGGGCGCCGGUGAUGGACACAACCGGAGGGGGCCUUACCCCGUUCCACUGUGCGGCCGCCAACGGCCACACCUUGAUGAUACAGCUGCUUCUACGGCACGGGACAGAUCCCGAUGCUUCCGACUGUGACCAGUGGACUUCCUUGCACUGGGCCACAGCUGGCCACCAGCUUCAUAUAAUGAAUGGGUUGAUUUCCCAAGGGGCGAACCCCAAUCUGCAAGGCAAGGGAGGCAUCGCGCCUCUACACAUAGCAGCUGAGAUUGGGAGGGCCGAAACGCUACGUCUCUUGCUCGCCAAAGGGGCCGACGUGAAUCUCCAAGACGCUGGCGGAAGGACGGCGCUCUCUGUCGCGGCUCAAAACCGCCAUCAUGAGAUGGUGAAGCUGUUGCUCCAGAACCAAGCGGAUCGGAACUUAGGGGACUCCCGGGGCUACACUCCGCUCCACAAGGCCGCGGCCGCAGGGUGCCUGCCGUCGGUCCGCCUUUUGCUGCAAGGAAGCUCCCCUGCCAGCGUUACUCGAAAAGAUGGCCUCCUGCUCACGCCACUUCACCACGCAGUCCUCUGUGGUCACGCCGACAUAGCCGGUUGUCUCUUGGAGCACGGUGCGGACGUUAACGCGGCUGGGUGGCUGGGCAAAACCGCUUUGCAUUUGGCGGCGGAGAAAAAAAUCUUUCCCCUGAUGGAACUUUUGAUAGCGAAGGGCGCGGACCUUAGCCAGAAGACUUGGUGGAAGGAGACCGCCGAAGACUUGACAUUGGUGGAAGCCAGAAGUCGGAACUGUUUUUAGCUCUGCUCUCCCUGGGCGACACCAAACGUGUAGGUAGUCCUUGACUGACGACCGUGAUUGAAUUCCCGUUGCUCGGUGAAACGGCGGUUAAGUGAGCUAUGCCCUAUUUUGCGACCUUUCCUUGCCCACCGUCGUUCAGUGGAUCACGUUCCAUAACCAAUACGGUUAUUAAGUGAAUCCGGUUUCCCCAUUGACUUUGCUUGUCAGAAGGUCGUGUGGACACGGCAACGGUCAUAAUACGAACCAAGCGUCUGAUGAAUGUUGAUCGCGCAUGACCAUCGGGAUGUUGCAAUGGUGUGAAAAAAGGGCCGUGAGUCAGGGUUUUUUUUCAGUGCCGUUGUUACAUCGGUCACUAAACGAAUGGUUGUA